AUGGCGCCUUCCCUCUUCCGUCUCGCUGCGUGGCUCGCUGCCGCUGCCGGCUCCGUCACCGCCGCUCCCCUUGAACGCCGCGCCGUCAUCGACCACGAUGCCGUCGUUGGCUUCCCCGAGACCGUCCCCUCAGGCACCGUCGGCACCUUGUACCUCAAGUACAAGCCCUACCUGAAGGUCGUCAACGGCUGCGUGCCCUUCCCUGCCGUGAACGCCGCAGGUGACACUGGCGGCGGCCUCGCCACAUCCGGCUCUUCAAACGGGGAUUGCUCCUCCAGCACCGGCCAAGUCUACGCCCGUGGCGGCUCCUACAACGGCGCCUACGCCAUCAUGUACUCGUACUACAUGCCCAAGGACUCGCCCUCCUCCGGCCUGGGCCACCGCCACGACUGGGAGAACGCCGUCGUCUGGCUGUCCGCCGCCUCCACCUCGGCCACCGUCCUCGGCGUCGCCGUCUCCGCGCACGGCGAGUACGACACCAAGACGUCGGGCAUCGACUACACCGGCACGAGCCCCCGCAUCGGCUACCAGAGCGUCUGGCCCGUCAACCACCAGAUGAUCUUCACCAGCGACGUCGGCGGCCAGCAGCCCCUCAUCGCGUGGGAGUCUCUGACCGACGCCGCGCGCACCGCGCUUACGAACACCGACUUUGGCAGCGCUAAUGUGCCCAUGAAGGAUGCCAACUUCAACACCAACCUUGGCAAGGCUGUCUUGUAA